AUGGUGGGCGGCUCGCACUCGACCGUGCUCACGGGCGUGGCGGGCAUGUCCGGCUUCCUCCUCGCCCUCCUCGUCUCGCUGGGCGCGACGUACGUUGGCGAGGGCCACGGCCAACCCCCGCGGCAUUGCGGCGUGGCCGGCAAUGCGUGGCCUCGCGCGGUCGACGCCGAGCCGCUCACCUACACGACUCCGGACGCGGUCGAGCUGACCUCGCGCUGGAAGGAGGGCGAGACGUACACCUUCUCCUUCACGGCGACCUCCAACUGCAGCACGAAGCAGCCGCUCGCCUUCGAGGGCGGCGGAGACGACUACUUCGAGUUUGGCAUUUUCCCCGGGCUCACGCCCCGCUUCUACUCGCUGACGGAGGAGGUCAAGCUGAAGGCGCCGGGCGAGGGCAAGAGUCUCCCCUUUGGCGGCUUGCACGCCCUGCGCAAGAACGAGGAGGCGUGCUCCAUCACCCUCACCGCCAUCUCGGCGCUCAACGCGGCCGCGUGCGACCCGGAGCCCGCCUCGUCCGAUUGA